AUGUCUCAGUGGACCUCAGUUUGCGCACACGCGCACACCGACUACGGGCUGUCCAGCACUGCGCGUAUUGUGGAGUACGCAGUGAAAGGGAACCCUGCCCGCCCCUGUGUCCACUACGCACUGGUACCUAGAGAUACUGUAGGAUCUCCUAAUGUUACAAGACUUAGAGAACUAGCCAGGGCUCAUCCUGCUGCUUGCUCUGUCAAGGUAUACGAUGUGAAAGAGGAGGAGGAAAUGAGGAGAGUUGUAGAGGAGAUAACAGAGGAAUGUGGUGAUUCCGGAGUUAACCUCGUCUACACUUGUCCUGACUGGUGUGAAGAAGACGCAGAGUCCCAGCUAGAAGAUGUAACAGAGGAAGUGUUAGCACGCACAUUCCACCACAAUUGUGUUGUCCCGGUGCUACUAAGUAAGCUGUUCUACCCUGCGCUACAGCGUGCAAGUCACGCUAACUCCUCUCAAACUCUGAACAGACGGCGCGCUGCUAUCGUCCACAUGAUCAGCGAAGCAGGCACACUUGGAGACCACUUCCCGGACACACGCGGAAACAUGUACGCGUACUCCGCUAGCCUAGCAGCUAUGAUAAUGAGCAUGAGGACAAUGUCUUACGAGUUUAACAAGAGGAAGGACGGUAUUUUAGCGUUUGCUGUCAUUACGGAUACUCCUCACGUCACAAGACAGGAACUGGCUGAGUGCCAGGAGGACAGUGACGUCACUGGGGAGAAGUAUGACGUCACUAUGACACGUGAUCUGAUUGCUAAAGUGGUACACUCUGCUGGUGAGGAGGAACAUGGCAAAUGUUUGUACUUCAGGGAUGGCAAGGACGUUAGCUAUUAAUAUUUAACUAGUUAAAAUAGAGCUCUAUAUUUAUUAUUUAUUAAUAAUAUAAUAAUGAUUAUAAUCAUGAUCAACGUUAAUUUCAACGUCUGUGGCUGUAUUAGUGCGUGAUAUUAUUUCAGUUUAUAAAACACAGUCCACUAUUCAUGACAUGAUAAGCAUACGGUAUUAUUUAAUCUGGUAUUCCUGCUAGGGUUUUAGUGGAAGUUGUGAAAUGUGAAAUGUGAAAUGUUAAAUGUGAAAUGUGAAAUGUUUUCUUCAUUCGUUGGUAAUUUUGAAUCCAGGUUAUAUCUUAUAGCUAUAAUACAACUGUAUUUAUGAUUUAUGUAUACAACAUCUUGU